UGUGUGCGUCCCUGUUGCAUAGAAACGAAAAUAGUCUGGGACGUCGUGCGCUCGCCGAACAGUUUAUCCUCAGAAAUUGGACCAGAACCUAUUCUGCGGUAAACAACACCCGUUUCAAUAAGCUCAGCCAUUGUUUAUUCUCUAGAUUGUAAUUAGCGGAGUUGUUACAUCUUUAACUAGGAUGAACAAUGAAACGUAGGGUCUGAAAACUCAUUACAAGCCUCAGCAUGAAGCCAAUAACGGUAACCGUGCCCUCGUCAGUUUAGGUGUUGUUUUAAUAUGGCAAAAAUAAACACGGUUGAAGCAGUUGAGUAAUCGGCUAAAGAAGCUAGCUGGCUGCUGAUGGGAGGCUAACUAGCGGUUCUAUAUUAACUCUGACCGAGGAGAUUCACCUGGUGGUUCUCAAGUCCUCUUUAACACGACACAUUACUGAGGAACCAGGGCGGAAAUGGCUGAUCACAUUGGCUGCAUCCCUGAACUAGACCAAAAGAAAUACGAUGCACGCGAACACGUGAAGAUCAUUUGUCUGGGAGACAGCGCUGUGGGUAAAUCAAAGCUGAUGGAGCGGUUUCUUCUGGACGAGUUUCGUCCACUGCAACUGUCCACAUAUGCGUUGACUUUGUACAAACACACAGCGAAUGUAGGAAACAAGACUGUUACAGUCGAUUUCUGGGACACGGCUGGUCAAGAGAGAUUUCAGAGCAUGCAUCCUUCAUACUAUCAUAAAGCUCAUGCAUGUAUCAUGGUUUUUGAUGUUCAAAGGAAGAUCACAUACAAAAACUUAGCCAACUGGUAUAAAGAGCUAAGAGAGUACAGACCUGAGAUUCCCUGUUGUGUGGUAGCUAACAAAAUCGAUGCCGACUUGAAGGUCACACAGAGAAGUUUUAGCUUUGCGAAGAAACAAGGGCUUCCGUUUUACUUUGUCUCAGCAGCGGAUGGAACCAAUGUAGUAAAGAUGUUCAGAGAGAUGAUCAACAGAGCAGUGGACUACAAACAAAACCCCAGUGACUUCAUGGAUGAAGUGUUGGAAGAAUUAGAGAACUUUGACCUGGAAAACAAAGAGGAGAGCUCUGAGGCCGAGGAGAACGAGCUGAAAGCAGAGAGUCCAGAGUUGGCUUGAAGGGUCUGAAUCAACUGGCACAUUAUUUAUUUCUGUCUUAAGUUUUGAACAUUUAACUUACUGGAUUGAAAGUCUCCUGCUGGAAACUGUCAUGUGAUCAAUUUCAAUCACUGUUGUCCAUCUGUCCAGUGCGAGGAACCAGGAAAUGAACCCAAUGUAACAAUGUGGGUCCGUCUGGUUUUUCAGCUUCUGUGUUUUAGCCCCUAUGCUCACAAUUUGAAACUCUUAUAACCAUAGUUGCUUUAAUAGAAUGUUUUCUGGAGUGUGACAAAAACUAUAAUCUGUGUAAUAACAAUGUGAAGCAUGAAAAACUGACACAGCAAAGAUAAUGUGCAAUUAUAAAGUGUAUUUCCUGCUGUUCUCAGUGUUUGUGUGUAGUGUUGUGUGGAGCGCCAGCAGGCUGCCGCAUCUGUUGGCUGCUUUACUUGCAUUAAUUUUAUGAUGUAAUUUUUUUUUUCUUCUAGCGCCUUGUAAAUGAAAGCCUAAUGUACCCUAUAACCAACUGUGAUCAUGACCCUUUGCAUCUUGCUGUGAUGCCACGUAAUCAACUGAACAUCAGCGUUUUAUAAGAAACAGCUGCUGCCCAUACCCCAGUCUGUUACUGUGAAGAUAAGCAACUUUAAUAGGUAUAAAGUUUCUAGAUACUA